UGUCUGUGUCUCGGUGUCAGGCUGGGUGUGCAGGGCGCAUGCUCUAGCAGCUCCGAUCCAGGCGCUGGAGCUGGAGCUGCAGCUGGGGGCUCAGUUUAAUGAGAGAGAGAGAAAGAGCCAGGGGGAAAAAGGGAAAAAGAGAAUGUCCGCCAUCUCCCCUCCUCUCCUGGGCGCACUCCCAGUGAUAGCCGCUUCUUCAUGAAUUAGAGCUCAGGGGGCGGGGUGGGGGGGAAGUACAUACCCCAGCAAACCCCAGGGCCCCCAGCAUGGCCAGCUCGUGUGCCGUUCAGGUGAAACUGGAGUUGGGCCACCGAGCCCAGGUGAGGAAGAAACCCACCGUGGAGGGCUUCACUCAUGACUGGAUGGUGUUCGUGAGGGGCCCUGAGCACAGUAACAUUCAGCACUUUGUGGAGAAAGUCGUCUUUCACCUGCACGAGAGCUUCCCCCGGCCAAAAAGAGUGUGCAAAGAUCCACCUUAUAAAGUUGAAGAAUCUGGGUAUGCUGGUUUCAUUUUGCCAAUUGAGGUUUACUUCAAAAAUAAGGAAGAACCUAAGAAAGUCCGCUUUGACUAUGACUUAUUCCUGCACCUUGAAGGCCAUCCACCUGUAAAUCACCUCCGCUGUGAAAAGCUCACAUUCAACAACCCAACAGAGGAAUUCCGAAGAAAGCUACUGAAGGCUGGAGGGAUCAUGGUAAUGUCAGAUGGCACAUCAAUUCCUUCGGGACAGAGCCUUCAUCUCCCCAACCUUCCCAGUAACUCCCUGUCUUUUUCUGAAGUGAAGAAGAAAUCAUCUCACGGGCAAAAGGACCCAAGUAAGAGUAUAAACACAAGCAGCAGUAGUGGCAGCAGCAGUAAUAACAGUUUUUCAAAGCCCCACAAAUUAACAAAGGAGCACAAAGAAAAACCUUCUAAGGACUCAAAAGACCAUAAAAGUGCCUUCAAAGAACCUUCCAGGGAACACAACAAAUCUUCCAAAGAAUCCUCUAAGAAACCCAAAGAAAACAAACCACUAAAAGAUGAAAAAACAGUUCCUAAGAUGGCUUUCAAGGAACCCAAAACCAUGUCUAAGGAGCCAAAAUCUGAGAACAACAUCCUUACUAUAACAGGUGGACAGCAGCAAGAAAAGAAGGCCCCAACAAAAAGGCUGACUGUUACAGAUUCUGAGGAACUUUCUGCCAAAAAAAGGAAAAAAAAUAGCUCAGAGUCUUUAUUUAAAAGUUUUUCUAGUGCUCCUCCGCUGAUACUUACUUGUUCUUCUGACAAAAAGCAAACAAAGGAUAAAUCUCAGCCUAAAAUGGGGAAAGUCAAAAUGGAAAGUGAGACACUUGAGAAAAAAAAGCCUACUUUACCACCAUUUGAUGAUAUUGUGGAUCCCAAUGAUUCUGACAUGGAGGAAAAUAUGUCCUCUAAAUCUGAAUCUGAACAGCCUAGCCCAGCCAGUUCAAGCUCAAGUUCCAGCUCCAGUUUUACACCAUCACAGAACAGCAGACAACAAGGUCCCUUGAGGUCUAUAAUGAAAGAUCUGCGUUCUGAUGAUAAUGAAGAUGAAUCAGAUGAAGCAGAUGAGAAUGACUCUGAAAUGGAGAGACCUGUAAAUACUCGUGGAGGAAGCAGAGGUCGCAGGGUUAGUCUAAGUGAUGGCAGUGACAGUGACAGCAGUUCAGCCUCCUCACCACUACAUCAUGAACCACCACCACCUUUAUUAAAAACUAACAAUAACCAGAUUCUAGAAGUGAAAAGCCCAAUAAAGCAAAGUAAAUCUGAUAAACAAAUAAAGAAUGGCGAUUGUGAUAAGGCAUAUCUUGAUGAACUAGUAGAACUCCACAGAAGAUUGAUGACAUUGAGAGAAAGACAUGUACUACAGCAGAUUGUAAACCUUAUAGAAGAAACUGGCCAUUUUCAUAUCACAAACACAACCUUUGACUUUGACCUUUGCUCGCUGGACAAAACCACAGUCCGUAAACUACAGAGUUACCUGGAAACCUCUGGGACAUCUUGAGGAUACAGCAUCUGGCUGCAUCAAAAAAUAUUGUUUGUUUUUUUUAAAUAAAACAUUCAGAAUGAUGCAACCAAAAUGAGAAAAAAAUGUACCAGCCCUCUUCAGCUUUAUUUUUCUUUAAAGCCAGUCAUCAUCUCUUGAUAAAGGAGAGGAAAAGUGACAAGACUCAGAGGAUCUUCUCACCAAGGAAAUGCUCUGGAAGAGUUAGCCUGGAUAGCCUUGAAAAACAAAACAAAACAAAAC